AUGGAGGGCGACGGCCGAGCGUUUCCGUGGGGGGCCCUCCCCCCUUGCACGCCGCGCGGGUCGCCAGGAGGCCCGCGAGCCGACUUCCCUAACGAGGGAAGAAGACAGCCGAAUGCGUUUCUGCGGCAAAAGGAAGCUUUACCAAGCGUAUCGCAGUCGUCUCCGCGGUGCGCGCACGUGAUGUCGGGGCUGGACGGAGCGCCUUUCUCUCCCUCGGUCUCUGAUUCGCCUCCGACCGCCCCUCACCCCUCAGCGCCGAGUUCUCCCUCUCUUAAGCUCGCCGGUUGCGCCGCAGCGUUCGCGACCCACACUCCGCAAACAGUUCUCCUCAUCCCUCCUCCUCCGCCUUCGUCCGGUGUCUCUUCAUGGCGCUUCUCGCGCUCCCUCUCGAGCCGAGCCCGCAGAUCGCCGCAGAGUCAUUCGCCUUGCCCAGGAGUAUCUCCGCGCAGGAGGGACGGCAUGAGUCGCGCCGCGUCGCCAUGCAGCGCAGAGGCACCAUCAAAGACGCGCCCUGAAGCCUCGCGAGCUGCUUGGAGUCUACUCACGUGCUGCGGUUCCUCUGUCGUGCUUACUCCGCUUCCGGAGGAGUCGAGGCCUCGUUGGCCCCAUUCAGGAGUACCGCGAGGCGACGAACGCGUUGCAGACUCGGGAUGCGGAGAGAGCGAGGAUCCUCGUCAGGCGUUUUGCGCGCUGCCAUCUGCUUCGCUUCCCUUUACAGCGCGUCGCGAGUGUGACGCUUCAACGCCCGCGCGCGGAGCAACCCGUCCCCUUGUCUACAGUGUACAUACAGCUGGCGUGACGACGCUGUCCUUCUCGGCCUCGCUCGGCGUCGUUUGUUCGACGCAGCGUCCGGCGCCGCACACUUCGCACUUUGCUUCUAUCUGGUGUCCCUACACGCUGCAAGAGCGCGCCCGCCUCCCUCUGGAUUUCGCGGCGCGCGCGGAAGUCGUCUCGACGGCCUUCAUGACUGCGCGCCUGGGCCUCUUGCUUCUUAUUCGCGACAGCAAGCACUCGAUUGUGGGCUACAUGAACUUGCGGCGAACGCUGCACUCAGGCACUCCACCCUUCGCGUCGCGGGCCGGCCCUGGUCUGUCUCCUCCGUGGUCGCUCGACAGGGUUUCUGUCGCAGGCCGCGGCCCCCGCGCCCUGCUCUCUCCGGACUUCGUCGUGGACUGCGGACGGCAGCCGGUCCUCGGGCUCGCGGUGGAGCCUGCGGUGACGACGGCGUCGUAUCCAUCUCUCUCGCGCGCGCUUUCGUCCCGUUUUCUGUCUUCUUCCUCUGCCACGCGCUUCGCGACCUUCGGCCAAGGCCACCUGCGCCUGUGGACUCUGAUGCCGAGGCGGUCGGAAGCGAGUCUGAAUUCGACUCGCGCCCGCCGAGACGAGCGCGGCGGCUACGGCAGCCGCAGGGAGGACGCCACCGAAGACGAAAUGGCGCCUCCUUCGUUCCGCAGCUGCUGUUUUGGUCCGGCCUUCCUCUCUCAUGACGUGCGAUCCGCCUCGUCGCGCGGUGUAUGUACACGUGGUGGCAGCAGAGGGUCGCUGGCCUCCGGAGCGUUUUUUUCUUCCGCAAGCUCGAGGCCGCGCGCGAGGUGUGCGUCAGGGCGAUUCGGCGAGUCGGUGCGCGCGACCACCUCAGCGCGUCCGCCUGCUUCUGGCUCGAUUCGCGGCUCGUUGCAGCCUCCGUUUCGCUUUCCAGGUUUGCCUGCCGCCGCGCUCCGGCAACCGUCCGCUGCUCCCCCGCUCGUCACUGCCGCCGCCUUCUUGCCCGAGUCCCGCGAGCUCCUCGCAGGCACCGCGGAGGGCGUCGUGUUCAUUUUCCGCGGGUUGACAGCCGUGCGCGCCGUCGCGGUCUCUUCGCUCUCGCCCGCGCCUCUGCCGUGCAUCUGUCUCCUCGUGCCCUUCCACAAGACGCUGCUCUUCGUCGCCACUCGGGACGGUACUCUGACGCUUCUGCGCACGACCGGCGCUUCGCAGCGCCUCAAGCCUUGCUCACCGAACGCUCAACGGCUCAGCGCUGGGGGGGCGAAAAGCCAGACAGCCGCAAAGGCGACGGAGGCGAAGGUGAGGCCUGCAAGAGACGCUACUGACGCCAGUUCGGGCUGCCUCACGCCGCGGAAGUCGCUGGCGCCUGCGUCGAGAGCAGGGGGGGGAAGGCUAACGCGAGGCCCGCGCUUCCCAGCGCGGUUUUAUCGAGGCGACAGCUCGGGAGACGAAGCCGAAGGAACCCCGACAGACGGCGACCUCGGCAGAACAGCGUGGGGAUUCGAGAAGUCCGAGGAGAAGCAUUUGGCGGACGAGACACGCACGCCGCCGACGCAGCCUUCGUCUCGUGCUUCCUUAUACUCGACGCGCUGUCCCUCGGCGUGUUUUGCGACUCCGCGAAGAGGGGCGGUUUCCCCCGCCGCACGGCCAGGUGACUUCCAGAGGAUGAGGAAGACGCCAGCUGCAGUUUGUCGCCAGCAGAAGGCGCUCUCGCGCCCCGCCCCGGCCCCGUUUGCCGACCGCGUCUUUGAUAGGCCCGUGCGCACGCCGCGCAGCAGCUACGCAGCGGCCUUUGGGCGGCCACGGGCGCUUGCGGCUGGCGCCGCGACCCCACGGGCCGCGUCUUCGAGACCCGCAAGGCGGAAUCUCUCAAGGCACGCAGUCAGAAAAAGGGCGACAGAACACCAGCCGGGGCUUGAGGAGCCAAGGAUGGAGGCCCGCGGAGCGUGGAAGAGGGAAUUCAGCGCCUCGCCGUGCCGGUCACUUACCAUCAACAGGAAGCAUUCUCCUUCGCCACGCGAUAAAGAGAGCCGAUCUGUCUGUCUUCUCGGCUUCGAGGGCGAUUUGUGGCCUGCCGCCGCAUCGACUUUCUCCGGCCGGUCGCCGCUGGCGAUAGACAGCGGAGUCGACAGCUCCCUGAGAGGUCUCUCGCCGCGCCUUCGGAUUUCGCCUGAGCCCACCACCCUGAACUUUCAUGGGGCCGCCUCCACGUCACCCCGCGCGCCUCCACGCGAGCUGCAAGAACCUCGCGCAGCGCCUGCUGCCCAGUCCAACUCCGAGCGGCGUUCGCUGCACGUCCGCGAGAUCUUGUGUUUUCAUUCGCGUCGCGCAAGCCCCAGUCUUCUUCCUCACGUCCCGGCGCGGCAGUCGUCUCUCCCGCUCUCCUCAGAGGCCUCUCCGGUCCCUGCGUGGGUCUCCGCGGCCGGCGCUUCUGCGGGCGGUCUCUCUCUGCCGAGUCUGUCUGAUUCCUUCUCAUCGCCUGGGGACUGCCACUACCCGGGCGCGACGACAGCUACGACCGCUCCCGCGACGCCUUGCGCUUCACGCGCAUUGCCCGCCGCUUUUUCGCAGCCUUCUCGAAUUUCUCCGUGGAUCCCUGCACAGUUCGCGGCGCUCGUGGGCUGGGCGGUGCUGCCGGCAGCCGGCGCCGCGCGGCCCUCGUCUGCGCCUACUGUGGUCCUCGUCACGCAGAGCCACAUUCUUUCCCUCGCGGUCGCGCCCUUCUGCGUCUCCUCUUCUCGGCUCCUGGCACAGAAGCCAUGGGGGACUGCGGACGCCGCGGCCUCGCUCGCGGUGCCGGCCGCGCCUCCGCUCGCGCUGUACGUACAUAGCGACGAGGCGGCCGGCGAAGGCGACGAAGCGCUGCGCCAGGGAGCAGAAGACCGCGACGAGCGAGGUGCCCACCGCCUGCGAAGAAGAGACGCAGCUCGGGGAGGGAGGCAAAUCGGGGACGAGGGCGCGGAGGGGCGCCGUGGCGACACCCGCGGCCUUCAGGCCGCAGAGGCGCCGCAAAGAGAGCGGAGCGAGAUCCGCGAGACCCGCAAACCGAGCGCGACCGACAUGCGCCAGAUAAAGGAAAUGAAAGAAGAAAUCGCCGCGCGCUGCGGAAGUUUCUUCGUCGUAGGAGGGAAAUGCGCGGUCGGAGGCGUGGCGCAGUGCUGGACGGUCGAUGCGGACAGCGAUAGUCUGCGGCCUACAGGUCUCCCCAUUUUCUUUGAGUCCGGUGUCUCCGCGGUCGCGCUUUCAACGCCCCAGCGGCUCCCCGGGGCCUCGCCGCCGUCGCCCUCUGGGCUUCUCCGCUGCGCUUCUCUGCCUUCGGUCGGUGCCUGGCUCGCCGUCGGCUGCGAUGACGGCACCGUCUGGCUGUUCCUUGUCGCGCUUUCUUCGUCUCCUCAGCCCGGUCACACGCCACGAGCUUCGCCAUCCUCCACGUCUCUCGCGGGGAGCGCGCCGCUCUCGGUGCGCGUCUGCCUUGCUUCCGCGCCCUACUGCCGGCCUCAAAAAGCCGCGGCGAGAGUCGCGGCGCUCGCGUUCGGCGGCCGCGCCUCCGCGCCUUCGUGGCUCGCCGUCGCCUACCAUGGUGCGGGCGUCCAGUGUCUGGCUGUGGGCGAGGUCUCCCCCAGCGACCGCGCGUCGCCUGCCGUUGCUCCCGUCUGUCCUUCUUUCCUCUUCUCGAGAGACUGGCGCAUUGCUUCGCCUCCGUGCGGCUGCGGCGUCUUGGGCUGCGGAGAGACCGACCGCGCGGAAGUGGGCGAUGCAGAGCGAGGCGACGCGUCCGCGACGCAGGAACGCGCAAGGUCAGGAUUUCAAAAGAAUGGCGGCGGGGCCGUAGCAGGCUCCGCACGAAGAUACUCGAGUCCGCGAGUCUUCACGCUUUUCUCUGACGGGGAAGAAGGCUUCCCUGCCAACUGCGAACUCCUUUACGUGUGGCCGACAGGCGCAGGUGACGAAUGCCAAGAGCGGCCGGCGGCCCUGUCUCGCCGCCCGCUCAGCUGCCGCGGAGGCGGUGUGCGUACACCUCGCACCUGGCAAGACGGACUGGAGUCGCCCGCGCUGAAGCGGAAUUCCGAAUCGGCUUUCAGUCAGAUAGGCUCCGGGGCUCUCCGCCGCCGUCUGGCAUGUGUUUUUGGGCCGUCUCUUACAUUCCCAAUUUUCCUUUUUCCUCAGCUGUAUCUCUCGCCUCCUUCGGCGGCGCCCGUCUGUGUUCUUCGUUUCGCCGGUCUGGCAAAGCGCUCAGUGGCGCCCGAAGAGUCUUCCUGUUAUCGUUUUGCUUCUGUUUCCACUGCCUCCUGGUCUUCUCUCCUUUUCUCCUCCUCCACCCCUGGGGCCCGCGGCGUCGCCUCGCGGUGCACAACGGCCUCUUCGGCAGGCGCAAGGACUCCCGAGGUCGCGCGCGAAUACGAGGAGCUGCUCCUCUGCCAAGCGACGGACGGGACGCUCGCCGCCUUCUACGUGCCCAGCGGACGACGACCGGCAGACGAAAGUCUCUCUCAAGUCUCGCCCUUCACGCGCUUCUUCCCCUGGAUGUCUCCGCUGGCCCUCCGGGCCCCUGGCGCCCUACGCGGGCGGACGCACGGGGGUCGAACAGCCCUGGAGGCCGCAGCGGCGAAGACGCUCCUUCCAGGCCCGUAUCACCAGGGCGUGUCGCCAGCCUCGGCCUUCCUCGUCGCCUUCUACCAUCCCGCCGAGCAUACGCUUGCGUGCGUCACCCUGCCUGCGCCAUGGCGCCGUCUGCCGCUCGAGAGCUCGCUGGCUGCCUCCUCCUUCUGCUCCAACAGCGAGAAGCAAAAUCUGCGCAGGGGCCAAGGCGAAUCGCGGUCGCCGAGCCGCACGGGCCGUCAGAAUCCUCUGCAUGAGAGACCGGCUGGGGUAGCUCCGAUCCGCCGAGACUCUGCGCAGAGGCCCGCAGGCCGAGGGCGACUUCCCUUCUUUCCCUGGUCCUCUGAAACCGACGAGAGAGAGGAGGCAGCGGUGGGGCAACGCCAUUGCGCACCCUCAGCCCGCUCGUGCAUACAGCCGCUCCCUGAAGCGGCACCAUUCCUCAGAGGGGCAGGCCUAGCCGGUCUCUUCAAGCGCUCGCCCUCGCAGUCCCGACGAAUUGGAUCCUGUGGCGAGCGCGACGAAUGCGGGUCUCGUGACACCCGCGGGGACCCUGCGGACGCACGAAACGUUGUUCUCAACUGGGAAGGCUUUCGCGGUCAGCCAAAAUCUGCAGAUGGUGAAGCGCACUCCCCCCACGAUGGCAAAACGCGAGACGAGACUCAGCUUGCGGCGACCCUGCGGUCCGCCCUUCACUCCGCGCGCGUCGCGCCGCAGCGAAUCGUCUACGACGCGCCGCCAACAGCCCUGCUCUGGCUCUGCUCGUGUCCAGGCGCCUCCUCCUUCCUGCGCGGGCGGCAGAGCUCCUCUCACGCCACGGAGGAACCACAGAGCUUCCCUGCGGUGAACAGAGAGUACCUAGUCUCUGUGUCGGGUCGCGACGGAGGCUUGCUGCUCUGGGAAGUGGCCGAGUGUCUACGUCUGAACACUCAGGAUCCACAACUACCUUCAUGUGAAACUGUGGAAGGUUCAACGGAGGCUGCGAGACCAAUGCAGCAGCUGCCAAAAGGUCCAGCUGUUCAUUACUGGAGCAGCGGCGCCGGAGACGGGAGGUGGACUCUGGAGAGCGACAGCGCAGUGACUCCGAACGAGCGGGCGAGUUCGCGCUCCCUGACGACGCGGAAGCCCUCAAACCACGCAGAGGGAGAAAUCUGGUUCCCCCAGCAGUGCGCACAGAACCGCGUGCACGGCAAGGAAGGUUUCUGCCAAGACGACAUCCGCGCCUCGUCCGAGGUAUCAGGCUCUCAGCAUCUCCGCGGAUGGAGCGGACCCCGGGGUACACAGCACCGCUCGACGCCAAACGGGAAUGACGUCCAGUGGCGCAGAGACCGAGCCAGUCGCGAGGAAGGCGCGCGAGAGCCCUCUGGGCUGCCGCGCGCAGCUCACAGCUCGCGUCACCUGAUACGAGAUGGGAUGCUGGGGCUCCAGUUGCACGGAAGAGCCGAUUAUAGCCAGUAA